UCCUAUAAAAUCAUCAAUUUUGCUCCAAGUCUACUGCAAAUCAUAGUAUCAGAUCAAGUUGAGUUUCCAGUGCGUCAAGCAGCUGCCAUCUACCUGAAGAACAUGGUGACGCAGUACUGGCCAGACCGUGAACCACCUCCUGGAGAAGCAGUAUUUCCUUUCAACAUUCAUGAGAACGAUCGGCAGCAGAUUCGUGAUAACAUUGUAGAAGGAAUAAUUCGCUCUCCUGACUUAGUGAGAGCCCAGCUGACAAUGUGCCUGCGUGCUAUCAUUAAGCAUGACUUUCCUGGCCAUUGGACAGCGGUCGUUGACAAGAUAGGCUACUACUUGCAGUCUCAAAACAGUGGCAGCUGGCUUGGGAGCCUUCUGUGCCUGUAUCAGCUGGUGAAGACUUAUGAAUACAAGAAAGCAGAGGAGCGAGAUCCUCUGAUAGCAGCAAUGCAGAUAUUUUUGCCUCGUAUUCAGCAGCAAAUGAUCCAGCUUCUGCCUGAUAAUUCCCAUUACUCUGUGCUUCUUCAGAAACAAAUUUUAAAAAUCUUCUAUGCUCUUGUUCAGUAUGCAUUGCCACUCCAGUUGGUGAAUAACCAGACUAUGACUCAGUGGAUGGAGAUCUUCCGUACCAUCAUUGACAGGAAUGUACCUCCUGAGACUUUACAAAUCGAUGAAGAUGACAGACCAGAGCUGGUGUGGUGGAAAUGCAAGAAAUGGGCUUUACAUAUCGUAGCUCGUCUUUUUGAACGGUAUGGAAGUCCAGGAAAUGUAACUAAAGAAUACUUUGAAUUCUCAGAGUUUUUUCUAAAAACAUAUGCUGUGGGCAUACAACAAGUUCUGUUAAGAAUCUUAGACCAAUACAGACAGAAGGACUAUGUUGCACCACGUGUUCUUCAGCAAACGUUAAAUUACCUGAACCAAGGGGUCAUUCACUCUGUAACGUGGAAGCAAAUGAAGCCACACAUACAGAGUAUAACAGAAGAAGUGAUAUUCUCCCUGAUGUGCUACAAAGACGAGGACGAAGAGCUGUGGCAAGAAGAUCCGUAUGAAUAUAUCCGCAUGAAAUUUGAUGUAUUUGAGGAUUAUGCCUCCACAACAACAGCGGCACAGAAUCUCCUUUAUACAGCAGCAAAGAAGAGAAAAGAGGUAUUGCCAAAAAUGAUGGCAUAUUGCUACCAGAUUCUGACAGAACCAAACAUUGAUCCGAGGAAGAAAGAUGGAGCUUUGCAUGUGAUAGGAUCCUUAGCAGAUAUUUUACUGAAAAAGAGUGUAUUCAAGGAUCAAAUGGAGCUGAUGUUACAGAAUCAUGUAUUUCCACUGUUCAUGUCUAACCUGGGUUACCUCAGAGCUAGAUCCUGUUGGGUACUUCAUUCAUUCAGUGCUUUGAAUUUUCACAAUGAGCUGAACUUGAGGAAUGCAGUAGAGCUGGCAAAGAAGAGCCUGAUUGAUGAUAAAGAAAUGCCUGUCAAGGUAGAAGCUGCCAUAGCUCUUCAGAUGUUAAUAAGCCACCAGGAGCAAGCUAAGGAAUACGUGAAGCCAUAUGUAAGACCAGUUAUGCAAGAGCUCUUGCACAUUGUUAGAGAGACAGAAAAUGAUGAUCUUACAAAUGUAAUCCAGAAGAUGAUCUGUGAGUACAGUCAGGAAGUAGCUACCAUCGCUGUUGACAUGACACAACACCUGGCUGAAAUAUUUGGUAAAGUACUUCAGAGUGAGGAAUAUGAGGAAGUAGAGGACAAAACAGUUAUGGCCAUGGGUAUCUUGCACACUAUUGACACUAUCCUAACAGUUGUGGAAGAUCACAAGGAGAUAACUCAACAGCUGGAGAGCAUUUGUUUGCAGAUCAUCGGCCUUGUUUUGCAGAAGCACGUUAUAGAGUUUUACGAAGAAAUUCUUUCCUUGGCAUACAGCUUGACGUGCCAGAUGAUUUCACCUCAAAUGUGGCAGCUUUUAGGUGUUCUCUAUGAGGUUUUCCAGCAGGAUUGCUUUGAAUACUUUGCAGAUAUGAUGCCUCUCUUGCAUAAUUACGUGACCAUUGACACUGAUACUUUACUGUCUAAUCCAAAGCAUUUAGAAAUCAUUUACGCUAUGUGUAAAAAGGUAUUGACAGGAGAUGCAGGAGAAGAUGCAGAGUGCCAUGCAGCCAAGCUCCUAGAAGUAAUUGUUCUUCAGUGCAAAGGACGGGGUAUUGACCAGUGCAUUCCGCUCUUUGUGGAGGCCGUUCUGGAGCGGUUGACAAGAGGAGUUAAAACAAGCGAGCUUCGUACCAUGUGUCUUCAGGUUGCCAUAGCUGCACUCUAUUACAAUCCUGACCUACUUUUGCACACCUUAGAGAACAUCAGAUUUCCACACAACCCUGAGCCCAUCACUGCACAGUUCAUAAACCAGUGGAUGAAUGACACAGACUGUUUUCUUGGACUCCAUGACAGAAAGAUGUGUAUAAUAGGGCUGAGCAUCCUAAUGGAGUUACAGAACCGACCACCUGCAGUGGAUGCUGUGGCUGCUCAGAUUGUCCCUUCAAUCCUCCUCCUCUUCUUGGGCUUGAAACAAGUUUGCGCCUCGCGAGAACUCACAGAACACGAGGAUCAUGCUAAAGAUGAUAAACACGUUGCAGAAGAUAAUGAAGAGAUACCAAGUGAUGAGGAGGAGACAAAUGAAGUGAGCCAGGCAAUGCAAGAGAACCAUGGUGGAGGUGGAGACGAACAUGGAGAAGAAGAGGAUGACGAUGAUGAUGAUGAUGACUGGGAUGAAGAUGCCUUGGAAGAGACUGCUCUUGAAGGGUUCAGCACACCUCUUGACCUUGAAAAUGGUGUUGAUGAAUACCAGUUUUUCACACAAGCACUUUUAGCGGUGCAGAGCCGAGAUGCUGCCUGGUACCAUUUGCUGACAGCACCACUGAGUGAGGAUCAGAAGAAACAGCUGCAGGAAAUUUAUACAUUAGCAGAGCACCGGCGAAAUGCUGCAGAGACUAAGACAAUAGAACAGCAAAGUGGCUACACAUUUGACAACAAAGGACUGGUCAUAGCAUUUAACUUUGCUGGAAGUACUCCCGGUGGAAACUGAAGGAUCAACUACGAAGGUCAAUGAGAAGGGUUUCAUCAUUACAUUUUUCUUAAACUCAUCAUGACUUCUGAGUGAUAGGGGAGGGUAAUUUAAUGCUGCCGAAGGUUUUCUGAAAUAUAGCAGUGUGCUUCCCCCACCAGAAUGCUUUUUCUAACCGGCUACUGUAAUUUACAAAUUCUUGUGGUGUUUUUAUAAUUUGAAGGACUGAAAAGGAAACAUUUGUCCUCAAGGAACCUGAAUGACUGGGAGGGGCCAGGCUGCAUCUAAUUGAGUUGCACUUCUCAGGUUUUUUGCUGUGCAGAAUUGAUAGAUUCAUAUGGAUAACAGUGCCUUCUGUUGUACAUGGAUUGCCUGAACAAAUGGAUUUUUGGAGUGCAUUAUAAUUUUUUAAGUGUAAGAACAUUUCUCGAUAACACUGUAAGCCUUGGUUCCAUGUUUUGCUGUCAUCUGCUUUUUACUACACCAUUUAACUGUUUGUUGGUUGUAUACCUGUUGCUGAAUUCAGAAUACGAUCUCUUCCCAGUUUGGUGCAGGCCAGAUGUGAAUAGGGAAGUGUCUGCUGGAGUUGGAGAGCAUACACUGGUUGUGUCAGAGUGUCUUAACAAAAUUGCAGAUUUUCCCUUGAUGUAGUAGUCUUAAAUUAUUUCUCUUAGCUAUGGAAUCAACUCACUUGAGUUACGAUGGCACGUGUGGCAGUUGGCUAUUCUAAAUCUACACUGACGUUACCUCCUGCCUGCACGAGUGGCAUGGCCCUCUCAUGUAGAUGUGCUACAUGACAACUUUUUAUUUCCACUCUUUCUGUUGGGUUCCUAUAACCUGAUUUUCUGUUUUUAUUCAUUCAUUACCAUUCCAAUGGUAGUACGGAAUGCAUAAUGUGGUACAAAAUAUUUACAAUAUUUUAUUUAUCUUGAUAGAAGAAAAACAGUUGUGGACUUGCUUUUUACUGUUACACUUCUGUGAUAGAAUUUCUGGUCUGCAUUCCAUUUGGCUGUUCUUUUUCAAUGCUGAAAUUUUGUUAUCAGCCAGAUUAUUUUUUUUCCUGAGUUUCAAAGGCCGGUUUCUCAUAAAUUGAAACAUAUGUAAUAGGUUUUUUCUUUUUUGUGAAUAUGUUAAUUUAGUGAGAAACUUAGCAUUGUGAGAAACUGACAGCAAUACUAGGUUGAGUGGGUACCCCUUCUCUAGCUCUAUUGGGGUCUCAGUGAUGUAGCCAAAAUAAGUUGGGGUGCUUUAGAAUGUGCAGUUUGAAUUGAAGAUAAAACGUUCAGUGCAGAUUUUGUCUCUGUGUUAAUUUCUAUAAGACUUAAACAUAUUUACAGAGCAAUUUUAAGCACACACUUACGAUGUAAUUCUUUAGAGCAUUGACCCAACUGGAAAGCUGUAGCCCUUUCCCAUACACUAUCAGAUUUUUAAAGCUUAUAGAUCAUUACAGAUUGCUGGCCCUGCAGUGUGCUGAAUCUUUUUUAUUUUUUUUUCAAUGUUGAAGUAAUUCUAGUUCAGUCUAAUAGAUCUGAAGCUCUCUGUGCCUUGGCAUCAGGAAAAGGCCAUAGUGAUGCUGCUUUUUCCUUGCCCCUUACUCUGGAAUCUUCUCAGUCUUGAAUUCAUGGCGUAGAAGGUUUCACUCUGUUUUCUUUGCUCCUCCACUUUGGUGUGAGACUUAAUUCUGGUACUGUUCUCUGAUGCUGCUUUUUUUUUCCACAGCAGCUGCAGAGUAAAAGCAUUUCAUGUAGGCUUUUCACUGCUAUUAUUCACUUAAUAGCAACAACGAAAAUUUCCUACUUUUAGGUCUGUUGUACGUAUGGAAAACAGUGAGAACUCCAGGGACUGCAUUUUCAGAAAUGAAAAAUGCAUUGAGCUGCAUUGGACAGGCUCUUGAACAGCAGAGGGCAGGAAGGCCAGGAAAAUCAUGGGUCACUUUUGCUGAUACAGGCCUGGAGGUAUAUUUACUAAAUGACAGGAUGGUGUUGCAUCCACUUUGUUGGUGAGUUUCUCAGAAACUGUGGAAGUUGUUAAAUCUUCACAAUUUUAAGAAACGUUUUUUGGAAGUUGAGGAUAUGAACAACGUCUCUCCUAUCUGAUAACUGAAGUUAAGUAUUAGGUAGGUAAACUGUUUGAGGCCUUUUAUUAUUUUAUUUAAAGAGAUUGUUGAACAGAAUUUCUUUCAAAACCCGAUUCCCUCUUCUACGCUGGCAUGCAGAGUAGAAGGGGGAUUUAUUUUUCUUCUGCUGAUAAGGUUACUUGCACAAUCACAAGUUAAUAGUUAGAAGUUAAUGUAUUCAAGGAAAAAUCUGCUUUUGCAUAGCAUCAUCUCUGUGUCGCUCAGCUGUACUGUGGCAGCUCCCUGGUUCUGCUUCUUGUAUUCUUUUCAAGUCAACUGCCAGGAAAAUUUCAGCCAGAUGUUUCUUAUAAGGGGUUUAAUCAGCUGCAUGGAGUCGGGAAUUUUUGUUGUCCAUUUCGCAGUGGGGGUCAGAGAUAUCUGAGGGGAAGGCAUGUAAAAAGGUUGAAUGCCCUUCCCUUCCCAGGAGAUUCACAAGCAAAUGUUUCUACUGGCAAAAGCAAACGUCAGUUAUUUCAUUUCUUUUCUUGAAAAAGGAUUUCACCCAAAAAGAUUUACUGGGCUCUAGCCUCCACUUUAACAUAUGGUUCUCUUUUAACAUGAUAAAUAUCCGUUUAUACAUGAUCAUAAGUAGGUAGUGGAUUUUAGGGAUUUCUUUCUGAGUUGUGUCCAGCUUUGUACUGCAUUAAAAAGAGAGUGACACAAAUGUGCGUUACUGUCUGACUUUCAAGGCAAGAUAAUCAUGGGACAUCACAUACCAGCGUUGGUCAGCCAAGCAUGAUGGACACUGGAAGCAUAGAGAAUCGUGAACAUAUUGUAAAAUAAAUUAAAAAAGAAAAAAAAGACUGCUGAGAACUGACCAGUGCUGCUCCGUACCCAUGUUCCAAAAGUGUGAAGGUGACUUGUGGACAUCGUGAGGGCUUUACAUAUGAAAUUAGCAUUGUGUUGGUUAUAAUCACAUCAAAUGUUAAUCUAAAUAAUAACUUUCUUUUCCAGAUUAAAUUAACCCAUCCUGGGUAUUGAGUUGCUUACUCUGUUUUGUCACUCUUGAGAGGAAAAUAAGAAUCACCACGUGUUUGA